UAGAGCCGCAGCCCGGAAACAGACAGCAGCAGCCUGUAGCAGCAGCGGAGCUAGCUACCUCCAUGCGUGUGCUGUCACAAGGGUGAACAGCCCGCGAGACCAACCGGAGAAUACACUUCUGUCUUCUCUCUUUGAGGGCCCCGGCAUUGUACAUAAAACGGAGCGACAGGGACCGACGCGGACAUGGCGACAUCCAGCUCCUGUGUUGUGAUCAGCGAUGAGGAGCAGGGGUACGACCUGGACCUUUUCUGCAUACCAAAGCACUAUGCAUCUGACCUGGAGAGGGUCUACAUCCCACAUGGACUCAUCUUGGACAGGACAGAGAGACUGGCCAGAGAGAUCAUGAAGGAAAUGGGGGGGCACCACAUCGUGGCCCUCUGUGUGCUCAAAGGGGGUUACAAGUUCUUUGCAGACCUGCUGGACUACAUCAAGGCGCUGAACAGGAACAGUGACCGCUCCAUCCCAAUGACAGUGGACUUCAUUCGCCUCAAGAGCUACUGUAACGACCAGUCGACAGGUGAAAUCAAAGUCAUCGGUGGAGAUGACCUGUCUACGCUGACGGGCAAGAACGUCUUGAUUGUGGAGGAUAUUAUCGACACAGGGAAGACAAUGAAGACAUUAUUGGAACUCCUCAAACAGUACAACCCCAAAAUGGUUAAAGUAGCAAGUUUGUUGGUGAAAAGAACACCAAGAAGUGUUGGCUACCGACCAGACUUUGUAGGAUUCGAGGUACCUGACAAAUUUGUGGUGGGAUACGCGCUAGACUACAACGAGUACUUUAGAGAUCUAAAUCAUAUCUGCGUCAUUAGUGAUACAGGGAAGGAGAAGUACAAGGCAUGAGGAUCACUUCGGAACAAUUUUUAAUGUAUGGUUAUUAUCUUUUACUUUUGCAGUCCAUUUUUAUAUUUUAUUACCUUAUAAUUGUGUG